GCAAGGAAGCACUUCACUUCCUGUCUUUAGCUGCUGAGUGUUGACGUCACGCAUUAUCCAGGUAAAUUGAAACGGAUGUCCACCCGGAUCAUUUCGGACUUUGUUCCAGUUUUGGAUUAGCCACACAGGCAGGAGUCAGUGUGAGGGACAGGCCCGUGUUGUGUUCAUGUGGAGCGGACCGUUGGCGCUGAGCGUCCGGACGUCUGGAGACGAUGGCAGGGUGUCUGCUGCUGAUCGGUGGGCUUCUGGAGCUCUGUAUUGGCGUCUUAGCGAACGGAGACGGUUAUCCCAUCUUCACCGAUGAAAUUCCUUUCAAAAUCACAUGGCCUGGGGUUGAUUUUAAAAUGCCCACUUCCGGUGGACUUUACAAGGAAGACAACUUUGUCAUCCUGACCACACUAGAGAAGGAGAAAUACAAGUGCCUCCUUCCUUCACUCACAGCUGGAGACGAGGAUGAUGUCAAGGAAUACAGCGGACCCAGUCCAGCUGACCUGCUAGAGCCUCUGUUCAAACGAAGCAGCUGCUCAUACAGGAUUGAAUCCUACUGGACUUAUGAAGUAUGCCAUGGAAAACACGUGAGACAAUACCAUGAAGAGAAGGAGACAGGUCAGAAAAUAAGUGUUCAGGAGUACUUCUUGGGAAAUAUAGCGGACAAGAAACAAAGCCCCGAAGCAGCUAAAGCAGAAGAGACAGAAACUGCUCAAUCGACGGCUGAAACAGAAGUGCCGUCUAAGAACAUAGAAGGUCAGCUGACUCCAUAUUACUCACUGGAGAUGGGUUACGGGACACCUUGUGUGCUGAAGCAGAACCAGCCGCGUUCCACCUCUGUGCUGUAUGUGUGUCACCCGGAGGCCAAGCAUGAGAUCCUGUCGAUCGCAGAGGUCACCACCUGCGAAUACGAGGUGGUGGUGCUGACCCCCUUGCUUUGCGCGCACCCGAAAUACAGGUUCAAGUCGUCCCCGGUUAACGCCAUCUUCUGCCAAGCGCUGGCUGGUUCGCCGCUGCGGCCUCAGCGGCUGGCCCAGCUGGAUAAGGAGCAAGAGGAGCAGCUCAAGCCUCCUUUCAUGGCUACUGCAGAGCCCAGAGAGGAGGAGGCUCCCCCAAUGAAAGAAGAGGCCUUCACUUCCACUCACAAACCCCUGGCUGUGGGCGGGCAGGCACAGGUGGCUGUGGGCACCACCCACAUCUCUCGUCUGACAGACAAUCAGCUCAUCAAGGAGUUCCUUAGCGGCUCCUACUGUUUACACGGGGGGGUUGGAUGGUGGAAAUAUGAAUUUUGUUACGGAAAGCACGUCCAUCAGUACCACGAGGACAAGGAGCAAGGCAAGAACAUUGUGGUGGUUGGGAGCUGGAAUGCAGACGAACACAUGGAGUGGGCCAAGAAGAACGUGGCUCGAUCCUACCAGCUCAAAGACAGUGGAGUGCAGAAAGUCAAGUUGGUCUCUCACUUCUACGGCCAUGGCGAUCUGUGCGAUAUGACUGGGAAGCCCAGACAAGUUAUUGUGAAAUUGAAAUGUAAAGAGUCUGAAUCUCCCCACGCGGUCACUGUCUACAUGUUAGAACCUCAAACCUGCCAGUACAUCCUUGGGGUUGAGUCUUCCGUCAUAUGCAGGAUUCUUGACUCAGCAGAUGAACAAGGACUUCUUUCCAUCUCCAGCUAAACUGCCCUAAGGUCACGCGAUGAGAACAAGAGGAAAAUCCGGAGGGGGGUGGUUGCCAAAACAAAACAAAACAAAAAAACGCCCGUGCUGCUGCACAUGAUGUUCGAACUGUGGUGGUCUUGUUGGCUGGGCUGGACUGGACGCCACAGGGCAGCAGAAAGCCCCCUCAGGCCUCCUGAAACUGUGCAAUGGGCCACACCACAUCACUGGGUUGUAGCUGAAAUAAAGUGGAUUUAUUAUGUAUAUAUUUUAUAUCUAGGCUUUAAAAUGUGUUGAUUUCUAAUGAAGAAGAUAGUGAUGAUGAAGAAAUCUACAAUUUUCACUGUGGGGUUCCUGUGUGUGUGUGUGUGCGUGCGCGCGUGUGUGUGUGGACUAAUGAUUGAGAGACUGAGCACUUGUAAUCUGAAUAAUGAGGGUGAGGGUGAGUGUAACUUAUGCAUCGGCGGGUGUUGUGAAAUGGGUACAUGCUUGAAAAGCUUCAUUAAAAUUUCUUUUUAACUA